AUGGGAUCCAUAAUAGCGAUUCCCAUAAUACUAGGAAUGACACGUUUGGUGAAAUCGGUGUAUAGAGUGAACCGUGAAAUCAAUGGCCAAUGGUUUCGGCGUCAGAAUAAGAGCAACAGAAUCGUGAGACACGACGUCUGGAGUGAUGGCAUCAGAGACGCCGGUAUUCUUCCCUUUCCUCACGAAUGGGACUAUGAUUUGCCACAAAAGAGUAGAUCACCUUUCAGAGUAGAUCACCUGUAA